CGCCUUGAAGCGUUUAAAUUGACAAUCUCAGAAGAAGAAAAAGCAAAAGCGGAAGCAACAACUUGAAACUGCAGCAACGUUACUAGCUUCAUGCAAAACUGAUUUAAAACCAGUUCUUGAUUUAAUCAAGGAUGCUGCUGCGGCUACUCGCCCCGACGUGGUGAUCUGACUCUAAAAUCUGUCAUCUCUGGAAAGAAAAAUGCCUCGAGACUCAAGUUUGGAGCCUGGAGUUUAGAGAAAGGUGGACUUCUCAUUGGUAGUGUUGAAGGCUAUGAGUGUCAGUGAUGGAGGACAGUCAAUGUGGGGACUUGGACUACAUGAUCCAAGAUGAGGACACUUUGAUUGAGGGUGUCAGCAACCAGGUCUUAUUUGUUGUGGUGCUCAGUGUCACCUUCCUUGCAGGCCUUCUCACUCUGCUCUGCAGACAAGAGGAGCAGAACAUUCAUCCUGAGAAUCAGGAGCACGUUCGAGCUGUCCGACAACAGCUCCAAACAGAGCAGGAUGAAAAUUCUCAGGCAGAGGCCAGGCAGCAGUAUUACACAGACAUGUCUUGUCCUGUAUGUUUACAGCAGGCUGUUCUGCCUGUGGAAACCAAUUGUGGACACCUUUUCUGUGGCUCCUGCAUUAUAGCCUACUGGAGGUAUGGCACGUGGCUGGGUGCUAUUAACUGCCCCAUCUGCAGACAAAUGGUAACAUUGCUCUUCCCACUAUUUCAUGAGCAUGCCACACCUCAGAGGGUCCAGGAUGGCGAGGCUGAACCUCAGCUGAUAUUAAGAGACAUUAACGAUUACAACCGCAGGUUCUCAGGCCAACCAAGAUCUUAUAUGGACAGGCUGCGAGACGUGCCCACCCUGCUUCGUCAUGCCUUCAGAGAAAUGUUUUCCGUGGGUGGCCUCUUCUGGAUGUUCAGAAUUCGGAUUCUUCUCUGCCUGGUCGGCGCGCUCACGUACCUGGCCUCGCCGCUCGAUAUCCUCCCCGAGGCCCUCUUCGGUCUCCUGGGAUUCAUGGACGAUUUCUUUGUAAUCUUGCUUCUCUUUGUGUACAUCUCUAUCAUGUACAGAGAGGUGGUUACACAGAGACUGAACGGCUAGGUGCUCGCCCACCAAAAGUGGCUUCAAGCUCGCACGUGUCAGGCUCAGGAAGAGGGGAACGCAGCAUCUGAUGUGGACAUGUGAAGACUGAACAAACGCUCAAAGGACAGUUGAUCAAUAAUGCUGGAAAAGUGUUAGUAACAGAUUGAGCUAUGAAUCUUUUUUGUCUAUUCAGCUACUUGAGGGACAUCCCUAACUGACUGACUAGCAUUACUGCCAAUUAUAUGACAGCAUUGCCAAAAGCAGCAGUCAUUUAUAUAAUGUGCAUAUCAUCAUAAUGAGACAACUGUAUGUAAAUGUAUUGAUAGCAGUGUCUUGAUAACAUGCAUUUAAAGUUGACUGACGUGAUUGUCAACUGUUUGUUAAAAUGUGUGUUAUUGGAACCAUAUUAAACUGAUGAGGCACUAUGUAAGUAACCUGUGACUAUGCAUAAUCAUAAUGACUGGAAAAUCACAGCUUUUCUUGCUUGUGUAAAAUCAUCAUCAUUUUCACCACCAGCAGUUUACAUUUAUUAAUUAGAUCUGAUGAAACCUACACCUUUCUGCGUGCAAUCCUCAUGAAUUGUGGAUGCACAGGAUUAUAACUCCUCAACUGGCAGAUUUCUACUCAAGAAAUAUAUAUAUAUAUAUAUAUUUUUUUUUUUUUUUUUUAAUUAAUCCCAAACCAAAGGUGUUAAAUAGUAAUUGUAGGUCACGUUGAAUGUAGACUCUUCCAGUGUUAUGAAUGUUAACUUUUCAUCUCAAAGUUUACCUAAACCUCUCCAAGAUAAUUGUGAGUUUGGAUGUCUCGCAACCAGAUAUUUACAGUCCUAAUCCUGAAACUCCAUGCACACCAUCAAGAUUUUCAGAUUUUUAAUUCAUUCUUGGAACAUCAGUGUCCUAUUUUUAAAAAAUCUGUAAGUAAAUAAAAAUGACAAUGAUGUCAACAUAU